AUGGCGUCAGAUAGAAACAUACCGACAACUGUUAAAUUUGCCUUAGGAGGAGCGGCUGGGAAGGAUAAACCAGUAUCAUUCACGAAAAAGGCUGCUCUCGGAGCCACGGCUGGCGCUUGCGCUGCAGCGGUGGGCACUCCGGCAGAAGUGGUUAUCAUACGGAUGUGUGGUGAUGGAGCUUUCCCACCAGAACAAAGACGAAACUACAAACAUGCUUUCCAUGCUCUCUCACAAAUCACCAGAACAGAAGGACUGAGCACACUUUACCGGGGAUUUGGACCAACGGUGGCACGUGCAAUGGUGCUAAACGGGUCUCAGUUGUCCACCUACUCUCAGACGAAACAACUCAUAUUGACAAGCAAGAAGAUUGAAGACGGGAUUCUGUGCCAUUUUCUAUCAUCCAUGGUAUCCGGCCUUGCAGCAACAGUAACUUCGCUUCCCAUUGAUAUGAUUAAAACGAGAAUCCAAGCCAUGAAAACAAUAAAUGGUGUGCCAGAAUAUAGUGGUCUGAUGGAUGUUUUCAAAAAGGUUCUAUAUAACGAAGGAGUGUUGGCAUUUUGGAAGGGUUUCACACCGUACUACAUGAAACUCGGACCCUACACAAUUCUGUCGUUCGUUUUCCUUGAACAGUUCAAUGCAGCCUAUCUUCGACAAUUCGUAUACAAAAGAAAAAGAGAGUGA